ACAGAGCGUGUUCUCGAGGAUGUCAGAUAUAUGGUGAAGACCGCGGAACUUAGAACCAUAGAAGGUGACAAAACAAGCAUCCUAUGUGAAUCAUCUGAAAACACUUGUUCCGCGGAUUGUAAACCAUGCAGCACGGGGAUACAAGCAUUAUAAGGCUCUUAUCAAACCAUACUUGUAUGCCAACGGGGGCAGUGGCUACAAACGGGCGACAUGAAACUGUUGUCCAUGGAGGAAAGAGGAUGGAAGCCGGGAGUGCUCGGCGGCGCGACAUUUCCAAUUAGGGCUGGUCGGAUUCGGAAUUGCACUUACACCUCGCAUCUGGUGACGCGCCUCUCGCCUACUUCCUUUCGACAAAGUCCUCGGUCAAUAACACUCUGGCUGCCUUAGAUUAAUCCCUCUCGUCGUCAAGCACAUCCACCAUGGGCAACACCUCCUCUUCGGGGCGAGGUCAUCAUGAAGAAACAGUCGACUUCGGCUCCCUGAAUCCUCAGGGCGUCUACACUGGUCCUCGAGAUUGGAAUCAAAGCAUUGUUACGCAACUCAUCGUUGACCGUAAACUCGCUCCUUUUUAUAGGCCGUUGGACGACUAUGAGGAGUCUUGGGACGAUGAGCAGAUACUGGCGGCAAGAAAGGAGUUACCGGAGCCAGAUGCUGGAGACUCCUCGAUCACUCGAGCAGAGUCACAUACAUCGUCUCUUAGUUCUCGGUCUCAUCAUAAGAGACCCAGCGCAGUUGCUAAGGAGCCCGGAAGGAGUCCUGAAGCUGCGGUAUAUAGAGGUGCCGUAGAAUGUCCAAUAUGUUUCCUGUAUUAUCCUUCGAACAUCAACUAUUCUCGAUGUUGUAAUCAAGCUAUUUGCACGGAAUGUUUUGUGCAAAUCAAACGAGCUGACCCUACUACGACUCAUUUGGUAUCUGAGCCUGCGUGUUGCCCCUACUGUGUUCAACCAAACUUCGGCGUGGUAUAUACACCUCCCCCCUGGCGUGCAGGCAUUGGUAGUGAGGGGGCGACUCCACCCUCGUGGCCUGAUUCUCCAAGGGGUCAGACCCCUCAAACCCUCGAUGCCCCGCCCUCAUCACUGAUGAAAAGACGGCGGAAAUCGUUCAGUGCGGAAAGUCCAGAUGUUGUCACCACUGACCAAAUUCGACCUGACUGGGAAGCGAAAUUGGCCGCCGUACGUGCAGCAGUCACACGGCGAGCCAACCGACGUAUCAUCAUGCGGCAAGUUGGGGAUCGGCUCAUCCCGGUUGGCGUUACGAGUGGGCGCGUGCAUGCGCUUCCUACCGGUGAUGAAGGACAAGGCGAGGGCGGCGAGGGUAAUGGAGGCGCCGAUAGAGGAAGUCGACGGUCAAGGAGGAGACAGCAGAAUCAAGAUUUGAACCAGUUGCUUGGUCAAAUGGGUAUUGGAGGUCAAGAUCUGGAAGAGUUGAUGGUCAUGGAAGCCAUGCGUUUAUCGCUUCUGGAACACGAAGAACAACAACGAAAGGAACGUGAAGCAGAAGCGAAGCGCCUUGCUGAAGAGGCUCAAGCUCAAGGCGAAGGCACAGGAACUUCUGAGUCUACAGCACCUACUGCGUCUGAGUCUGUCCUGCCUGCUGCAUCGGAGUCUCCUACCACGACAACUGGGCCUUCACCAACGUCGACUGUUCUCAGCUCCGCGUCAAGCGAAGGACCCUCAAUUUCUAGGACGCCCGACGCUUCCGGAGGAAGUCAAGGAAGCCCCUUGCCUCCACCUUCUGCAAAUUUGCCAGAGCGCGCAUCCACGGAUCAACUUUCUCCUGCCUCCCCGUCUCAAAGAGGAAGACAACGAAGGUCGAGUAGCAUAUCUUCCCUCAGUGAAGCAUUGCGAAGCGUUGCCGCUGCUGCCGUUGCAGUUGGUUCGCCUGCCGUGGACGAAGUGUUACAACCUGAAGUAGUCAGCCCUUCUGUAAGUACUACGCUGCAGAGUGCUACAUCUACUGGUACCGCAAGUGCGCUGGCGUCGCCACGCUUGGACGAAGAAGAGCUUCCUGCUGUUUCUAAUCCAGAACCACAAGCCGCUGAGACCGUUCCUGCGACACUGUCACCUCCAGCGCCCGGUGAAGAGAAUUCAACUCCUGCUAGUCCGGAGCCUUCUCGGACACCGAAGUCGACGGAAUCCAGCGAUGAAGAAGCCCCUUCAUACAAUGUUCUCCUAUCGAGUGCAACGUCAAUAGCCUCGUCAACGUCUAACAAGCCGUUGUUAGAAGCUCCUGCAUCUGGUCCGGAUACAGGUGUCACGACGAACGGAGAUCCUAGCGCGUAGCUCAGUCGUUUUGCAUGUUAUUACACCAUCCGGUUCGUUGCAUCUCUAUUCUCAUCCGCAUAUCUGUAUUUUGACCUUCUUUGUUUUGUUUGCAGAUUGACUGACCUCUAUGACGCUAUGCGAUGACAACGGUUCACGGCUGCGAUGAUUAUGACACCAUCGCAUUUACUUCUCUUUAUUCCGACCCACGACUUUUCCAGCAUGAUUUGACGAUCCACAACCCUCUCGAAUUUCUCACUCUCCCCAUUACCUCACUAGUUCUCACCCGCACGUACGGCCUAGUAAUCUCCCACCACGGCAGACCGAAUUCCCAGUUACAUCGCUCGUUGUAGCCUAGAAUUUUCUUUCCGUUUGUUCCAAUGUGUCUAUAUUUACAUUCAACUCAUUUCGCUCUGGGUAUCUGCCUCAUUCGACAUCUCCAAGUGGAGAACUGUGGCGUUUAGAAGAUCAGUAUGCCUUGCAAGAGAGACC